AUUGCCCUUCAUCUCCUUCGAAGAGCCAGCCGCCAGCGAAGAAGGCUUCUCCAGCUCAAAGCAAUCCACGGCGAGCCUCUGCUCAAUUCCGCCGUUCCCCACCUCAAAACACUGCGACACCGGGAAGAGAUCCAUGCAAUGCGAAGACCGCCCCUUCGAACCCCUGUUAAUCACCUCAGAGCACAGCUUUGAUUGUAACACCUCCGCAAAAGACCGUCCCUGAGAACAUCUCGCAGGCGCAUCUACUCAGGAGGACUCAGUCUGUAUGGUCUUCAUCCUCGGCAGAGGAAAGGUCUCAGACUCCAAAGACCCAUUCUUCCCUUCAGUCGGAGCCAACAUUAGUCGCAGCUCACCCGCAAAUCGACGCCAGCCUACCCUCGCCCAUAACGACCCUCCGGGAGCCAGAUGACUCCUUUACGACCUCCCUCCGCAAAAACAGACACGUCCAGGAACGUGCUAAACAGACUCAUGUUAUCUUGACGUGUUUGUAGUUAGUGCCCAGUCAGGGUUUAGGGUUUAUAGAGAAGACCCUUCCAUCCAAAUUCCAAAGCACCUUAAUUCCUCCCCAUGGAGUGCCCUCAUAAAUAAUUUUAUUUCAGCACUCGCCAAAGCAUCGCAUCUUAGAUCUACAUACCAAAAGUUCUUAUGCCCUCAUAAGAUAUGUCUCCACGUCCCAGCUAGACCAUAUGUGCGAAUAAAGCUUGGACAAAGGAGGAGAAUUUGAAAGGAGGCAGUUGAUAUGGUUAUGGGCUUGAAAUGACGAUCUCUGGGCUAUGGAUGGGCCGUUUUAGUAUUGAUGGAUUUAUACUUGGGCUAUGAAUCUAUCCAAAUUGUAUGGACGGUUAUUCAGUCCAACAAGCAACUCAACUUGACAGAAACCAAACCAAGUUGUGAGGUUUGCCCCAGCCCCAGGGGCAUCGGCCUUAAGACUCUCGGUAGAAGAACAAAUGUAAUUGCUCUCUCUAAGUUCUAACGAUGGCUGCACUUCCCUCCUCCGCGUCGCAACUUUACAUAAACCCUCAGAAUCAGAUGCAGCAGGAAGAAGAAGCAAAAGCAUUUCAUGGAAAAGCAUCAGAAGUGGAAGAAGCAGUGAUAACCCUUUUGAUUCGGCACCUUCCCGAAGCCAUUCCUCUUGACACCCUCCUCAGACUCUUCUCCCACUACGGUGCUUCCUCUGUCCGUCCUUGCUCUGUUCCUAAAUUGAGAAACUGUGUAUUUUUGGAUUUCAAGAAUGAAGCUGUGGCUUACCAGGCGCAUCGUCAGUUAAAUGGGCUGAGGUUUCUUGGUAAAGUCUUAUCAGUGGAGAGAUCUAGUAAUAAGCCAACCCUGGAUUCCACACAUAAAGCAAGUCAAGCUCAUUCCGGGGAGGAUGCUAUUCCACCCACUUCUUUGGCCAAUGAUGCUACUCAACGCUUCAGUUAUGGGUCUAUGCCUGCUAGUGAACCCAUUGCCCCAAGGCUUGGUGUCGACUAUCCAUUUCCUCCUCACCUUGAGUAUGCUUACCCUCCACCAGAUGGAAAUAUACUGACCAACAUUGUAAAUGCUCUUAUUGCCGUUCCUCGCUUUUAUACACAGGUGUUGCACUUGAUGAACAAAAUGAAUAUUCCAGCUCCAUUUCGUAUGGCUCUACCAAUUCCACCCCUACCACCUUCACUACCUGCACCACCACCACCUCCCCCUCCUGUACCUGCAAAACCUCAUUUGGCAGAUCUGUCCAGUGAUGAGUCGGAAAUGGAAUCUUCAGAUGAGGAGAUUAAUGGAAAAGCCUAUUCUGUUGGAGCUUCAGCAAAAUCUGGUCGAAAGCGUCUCAGGCAAGAAGCAAUUGUGGGCCCUGCAGUUGAUAAAGAUGUCGUUCAUGAAGCUGUUGGAGUGAAACCUACCAUGCUGGUCCCGAAAGAGAUUCCGCUGAUUAAAAAAAAGAACUCUGUAUUACAGAUCAAAAUUGCCCCAAAAGUGAUUCAGAAUGAACAGAAAGAUGAUAGCACGGAAAGAGAGGACCCAGACAGAGAGGGUUCAGAUAUUAAACCUUAUGCAACCCCAGAAGAAUUAGAGAGUGGAAAGUUGCCCCCAGAGGAAAUUUUAUCACUACCAAUGUUUAAGAACUAUGCAGCUGGAUGUUCUGCUUCUGUGUUGUAUGUGAAGAACUUGGCAAAGGACGUGAUAGCUGAUGACUUCUACUUCAUUUUUGGGUCAAUAUUUGGAAGCAUUGAUGCGGCAAAAUCUGGUCUUCGCGUGAAGCUUAUGCAGGAGGGAAGAAUGAGAGGUCAAGCUUUUGUGACAUUUCCUUCGGUUGAACUUGCGCAUCGUGCGUUGAAUCUAGGAAAUGGCUAUGUGUUCAAAGGCAAGCCAAUGAUAAUCCAGUUUGGUCGGAAUCCUGUAGCUGGCAAAGCAAAUUAAAUAGAUCUACUACAACUAAAGGAAGCUCCAUAUACUAUUGCUUCAUUGCUGCGUUGAUUAUGAAGCUAGCUGGAAGAUAUCCACUCGGUAUUAAUGAUGCAGUAUAGGCGUUAAGUGUUUACAAUGAUCAGUUGCUCAUCAGCUGGCCAUACUACAUGAAAAAAAAAAAUGGUAGGUGGUUUUAAGUCAUGGAUCAUUUCUUGACUAUUGGCUGGGAAAAGGUCUGCUGAUGCUUUAGACCACUACUUCAGGAAAACGAAUUCCACUAUCGAACUUGUUUGGUGUAGAUGGUUGCGGCUUGUGGCUGUAGAAGAGAAAAUUGUCAAAACAAUUAAAGGACUGAAGCCUGCUGCUAAGGAUGUUGAAGAAGAUGCAUAUCUGGGUGGUUUUAGUGAGUUAUUCCUGUAUCAGCAGUUAGUGUUACAUUAACUGUUGUCAACUCUAAGCUUCCUUCUCAUUUGUGUAUGCUCUAGAAUUAGUGUAGGUACAUGCAAGGGAUGGAAUAAUACAAAGUGCAAAGAAGUAUUUCAGUUUUAUGACAAAUUUAUUGCGUUC